CCCCCUACAGUUCAACUUCGUUGGUUCGUUCAUUUUCGCGCACUUUAGAGUUCCAACAUUUCCGACUGUUCAUGAACGCAGCGUACCUCCUGACUGGGUAACAGCAUGGAAAGAAAAGUUCUCGCAAUGCAGGCAAGGAAGAAGAGAACAAAGCCAAGGAAACCUGGCAAAAAACCAGAGCCUCAUGGUCGUGGAGGUGGUUCUCAGCCAGGUCAGGCAGACUCUCCGCUCCCAGAGCAGGAUGAAGAGAUCCUGGGCUCUGAUGAUGAUGAGCAGGAGGACCCAAACGACUACUGCAGGGGUGGAUAUCACCAUGUGAAGAUUGGAGAUCUGUUCAACGGGAGAUACCAUGUUAUCCGUAAGCUGGGCUGGGGACACUUCUCCACUGUGUGGCUGGCCUGGGACAUCCAGGAGAAGAGGUUUGUGGCCAUGAAGGUUGUAAAAAGUGCUGAACAUUACACAGAGACGGCUUUGGAUGAGAUCAAGCUGCUCAAAUCUGUGAGAAACACGGAUCCCAGUGACCCCAGCAGAGAGAAAGUGGUGCAGCUUCUAGAUGACUUCAAAAUUUCUGGCAUGAAUGGGACUCACGUGUGUAUGGUGUUUGAGGUGCUGGGAUAUCAUCUAUUGAAAUGGAUCAUCAAGUCGAACUAUCAAGGCCUGCCCCUACCUUGUGUUAAAAGCAUCAUACGACAGGUUCUGCAGGGUUUAGACUACCUCCACACCAAGUGUAAGAUCAUCCACACAGACAUCAAACCAGAGAACAUCCUGCUGACUGUCAACGAGUCCUACAUUAAGAAAAUGGCUGCCGAAGCUACGCAGUGGCAGAGGACUGGCGCUGCACCUCCCUCGGGUUCUGCAGUGAGUACAGCCCCAGCACCGAAACCAAUGGCCAAAAUGUCGAAGAACAAAAAGAAAAAGAUGAAGAAGAAGCAAAAGAAGCAGGCAGAGCUGCUGGAGAAGAGGAUCCAGGAGAUGGAGGGAGGAGCAACACCUGAAGGAGUAGAAGAAGAGGAUGAAGAGGAGACGACGACGACAGAGACAACUGAGGACACAACCUCUGCCACCACCCUCUCUAUGUCUGCCACACUGCAAGACAUUGCUGGUCAUACUGUCACAGGCUCUACUCCUGACGAGCAGCCCAAGCAGAUGCCAGAGGAGACUGAGCGGAGAGAGGAGAACAGGAUGGAGGUGAACUGCAACGGUCACACCUCCACACAGGAGAGCGAGAGCAACCUGGAGGCACAAGGGACCAAGCAGCUGACAAAGGAGCAGGAGGACCAACAGAACGCAAAUCGACCAGAGAGCAACACGGAGACCGAGGGUACUUUGAGUAACGAGAAAGAGCAUCAGACCUGCAACGGUUCGUCUGAGGACCCCGAGGCUGACCUGCAGAAGCUCCCUGCCUCUGUCACCCCGGACUCUGUCACUGUGGAGCUGAAGGAGGGAGGCAAGGAGGAGGAGAUGGACGCCAAAAGAGAGGCUGAGGAGGAAGGCGGGCAGAAUGGAGCAUCAGACAGUUUGUUAGUAAACCCCCUGGACCCCAUUAAUGCUGACAAGCUGCAGGUUAAGAUCGCUGACUUAGGCAACGCCUGCUGGGUGCACAAACACUUUACAGAUGACAUCCAGACGCGGCAGUAUCGUUCCCUUGAGGUGCUGACAGGAGCAGGCUACAGUACACCAGCAGACAUCUGGAGCACGGCAUGCAUGGCCUUUGAGCUUGCCACUGGAGAUUACCUGUUUGAACCCCACUCUGGUGAAGACUACUCUAGAGAUGAAGAUCACAUAGCGCUGAUCAUCGAGCUGCUGGGUAAAGUUCCUCGGAAGCUGAUCUUGGCAGGCAAAUACUCCAAGGAAUUUUUCACCAAGAAAGGUGACCUGCGUCACAUCACCAAGCUGAAGCCGUGGGGUUUAUUUGAUGUGUUGGUAGAGAAGUAUGAGUGGUCCAAAGAAGAGGCACACAACUUCAGCAGCUUUCUGCUGCCCAUGCUGGACCUGGUGCCUGAAAGGAGGGCCACUGCAGCCCAGUGCCUCGCUCAUCCAUGGCUCACAUCCUAGAAGCCACCCAGGGACGCAUUCACCCCUUCCAUAUUGUAAAAGGAUAAAUUAGGCUUGAAUACAGUAAAUACACUCAUGUCUGCAAACCCAGUGACUGCAUCGUGCCUGCAUCUUCCUGUCAUGGCUCUCAGAGGCUACCUGCACACACUUCCCAUGAAACCAUUAAAAAGAGAGUGACUGCUGCUGAGUCUUGGUCCUGAUUUGGAUUACUUUUGCGAUGGAAGGAACUAUUGCUCUUCUCUCUGUAUUUAUUUCAUUUUUUUUCCCUGAUUCCAGCUCUUUCUCUACAGCACAUUAUUUUUAGCUAUAGAUAAUGGACUCUAGUCAGAUUUAAAAUGAAGCUGCACUUGUCUACAAAUGUAGAAGAAGGCAGAAUGUGAACAGAAACAAAAAGAUGGCCACCAAAACCACGUACUGUUUGGUUAAAUAAUAAGCUAAAUCUGUCUGUUGUUUGCCAGUCAUCACGUUAAAUGUGCUUUUAUGGCUGUGGCUGUCAAAUAUGUGCAAAGUGCUCAGAAUUAAGAAUACCUGUGUAAUGCUAACGGGAAUGAUGUGAUAAUGGCACUGUUGGCUUUAUCUUAAAAACCUUUUGUACAUUUGUAUACAGGCACAAAUACAUAAAUAGGAAGCAUAAAUUUCAUACAUUUUAAAAUUGUGCACCAGCUCUUAAGAGAGAAGAAAUCAAAUUCUAUUUUUCAGGGAGCUGUGGAAUAUCAACUGUUAUUGUUAGUUUCCAAAUUAUCUCAUGUUGUCUUGAAAAACAGCACUUGGUACAAUAUAAUGUGAAAAAUAUUCUGAUUUCUUCUCUAUUUCAUGUGCGAGUCGGCGGACGACAACUUCAUGCUGUUUCAUACGUGGAUCCGUUUAGAAAGGCUUCACAUGGCAUUUCUCACAUUAAUAGUAAAGAAUAUUUCCAGUGUACCAAAGAGCUGGCCUUCAGUCUCUCCCUCUUUGCACAGUUUAUAGAAGAGACUGACUGCAGUGCAGAUUGAAGGCACAAGCUGAAAGUUACGCUUUUUUUUCCCCUUUUCUUACAGUUUUUGGAAAUGCCUCGAAGAAUGUUCAUCUGACUUCAAACUUGUGUGAAACUUAGUGCUUCAUUUUUAGUGCACUGCACAUGGAGUUUGUCCUAAAAACAAAUGCUGUAAUGAUGCUUUGAAUUGACUCAAAAUCAUUUUGCUUGUUUUUCUACAAGUCUCAUCUUCCUUUGUCCAUGUCUCCCCUCCUAAUUUGAUUGUGAAUUUUUUUUCUGUAGGUAAUUAGAAUAAACAUUUUUCAAAAUCUAAA